CGCGUUUCUCCAUUUUGUCCCCCUGCGGUUUCCGUAGACAGGAGAACACACGUGAAGUGCUGCAGCACGAUUAGGGUGAUGUAACUACUGCUUGCCAUGAAACUAAUACUUCAGCUACAACAACAGAAGUAAACAUGGCAAAUCAGAUCCUCUCUGUUGCACGAAAUGCUGUUCUGAGAGAAAGUGGUGCUCUCCCAGAGGACAUGCCACAGAUCAGGGGUUAUGAUUUUAAUCAGGGAGUAGACUACAAAGCUCUGCUGCAAUCCUUCUCCACCACGGGCUUCCAGGCUAGCAGUUUUGCUAUGGCUGUUCAGGAGAUCAAUAAGAUGAUCGACAAACGUCUGGAGCAGGUGGAGGAGCAGGAACAUACCUGUGACUCUCAGCAGAGUCAAUCAGGAUGUACCAUUUUCCUCGGUUACACUUCCAACCUCGUCAGCUGCGGGGUCCGUGAGAGCAUCCGCUACCUUGUUCAGCAUAAAAUGGUGGAUGUGAUCGUGACAACAGCAGGAGGCAUUGAGGAAGAUCUCAUAAAAUGUUUGGCUCCCACCUUUCUGGGUGAGUUUAGUCUUCCAGGCAAAGAGCUACGACAGAGAGGCAUCAACAGAAUUGGCAAUCUGCUGGUCCCUAAUGGCAACUACUGCAAGUUUGAGGACUGGCUGAUGCCCAUCCUGGACCAGAUGGUGCUGGAGCAGAAAACAGAGGGCAAAUGUUGGACUCCCUCCAAAAUGAUCCACAGACUAGGAAAAGAAAUCAACAACCCUGACUCUGUUUACUACUGGGCUUAUAAGAAUGACAUCCCUGUGUUUAGUCCCGCCAUCACUGACGGUUCAUUGGGUGAUAUGAUCUAUUUCCAUUCCUACAAGAACCCAGGACUGGUCUUGGACAUUGUGGAUGAUAUCCGAAGGUUGAACUGUAAAGCUGUGUUUGCCAAAAGCACAGGCAUGAUCAUUCUAGGUGGAGGCCUUGUGAAGCACCACAUCGCCAAUGCCAAUCUUAUGAGAAAUGGUGCAGACUUUGCCGUGUUCGUGAACACAGGGCAAGAAUUUGACGGCUCCGACUCAGGGGCCAGACCAGAUGAAGCUGUGUCUUGGGGGAAAAUCCGCAUGGAUGCCAAACCUGUCAAAGUCUAUGCAGAUGCCUCUUUAGUCUUUCCCCUGCUUGUGGCUGAAACGUUUGCACAUCAAGCCAGCAAACUGAUGUCGGAUAAAAAGUGACUGUCAACGCCUGCUAUUUUUUCCUGUGGUUUCUUGUUCUUUUUCACAUCAACUUCAUCUCCUGUUGGUUUUUAUUUUUUUAUUACUUUUUUAUUCUGGUAUGUUUUUGUCUGUUGUCCCGAACUCCACCUACUUCUUCUUUGCUGCCCAAUUAUUUUAUAAAUAUUGCAUAUGUAAUUUGGUUUAGAACAUCAAGAGGAUGUCAAGAACAUCAUUUUUUUUUAUUAUUUGUGUGUGUGUAAGUGUGUGUGUGUAAGUGUGGGAUAAUGGCUCCAUUUGUGUCAAACAUUCAGGUUUAUAGUUAAAAAACAUCUGUAAACAUUCAAUCCUCUGUGUCUUUAUCAUGGAUAAAUUCAUUACAGAUUUUAUGUAAUUUAAUACAUUGGUGUGAGGAGGUAAUGUAGUAAAAUAGGGAUUAAGAGUUGCAGUUUUCUUUAAACAUUUUUGAAACUUCUGCUGUCAGGUAUGUGGUUUCAAAACAUUAACCAGGUUGUGGCGUCAUGCUGAUAAUGGUGUUAUUAUGUGAAAGGGCUGGAAUGUAUCAAUGCAUCAAAAUAGAAACUAAUAAAAUUAGACUAUAUUACCAGGUCUAUUAAAUGGCAA